AUGGCAAACAAAACGGUCGUCGCGUUUGACUUGUAUGGCACGCUGCUGUCAACAGACUCCAUUGCCACUCAGCUCGCAAUACAUUUCGGCGAUACCAAGGCUCAGGCCAUCUCCGCACUCUGGCGGAGAUACCAGCUGGAAUAUACAUGGCGCCUCAACAGCAUGGAGCGCUAUGAGGAUUUCUCCAGCAUCACUCGGAAUGCGUUACUUCAUGCCCUAGCCGAGAACGACGAGGAGCUGGGCGACAGCGAGAUCGGCAGUCUGAUGGGAGCCUACGAUAGUCUAUCUACGUUCCCCGAUGUGGACCCAGCGCUGAACCGGAUUACACUCGAUCCGACCAUCCAAGCUGUGGUGUUCUCCAAUGGAUCGAAAGCAAUGGUCUCCAACUCGGUGAUUCACUCCAGGGGCCUUGCCCCGCACGCCAGUGUGUUCCAAGACCUGAUCACCGUCGACGAGAUUCAGCGGUACAAGCCAUCGCGAGCCAGCUAUCAGCACCUUGCGGAAAAAGUCGGAAAGCAGCCAUCGGAAAUGAACGAGCUCUGGCUCAUUAGCGGCAACCCGUUCGACAUCGUGGGUGCGCGUAGCGUGGGGAUGAACGCGAUCUGGGUUGAUCGAGCUGGCAAGGGGUGGCAGGAUGCUGCGGUGCCAGAUCUACGACCUUCAGCCAUUGUACGCAGCCUGGAGCAUAUUGUGGACAAGAUUAAGGGCCGUCGCGAGUGA